GAUUGACUGAUUGGGGCUUGUGCUUGGCAUUGUUUUGGUGCUCGGUCCACAGUCUUCUCACUACUAUAUAUAAACCCCCAAUUCUCAUUCUCUCUCUCUUCUCUGUAUAAAUAAAGCAACCCAUUUUCGUUCUUUUGUGCCUAUUCUUCCCUUUUCUUUUGCAUGGCACUGUUACUGCUUCCUGUUAGCUCCUAAGACAACCCUCCCUUCAUCCCUUCAACUCUCUCUAUCUCUCCAUAUAUCUACAUCUACAUAUACACACACACACACACAUAUCUGUCUUUGUUUUGGAAUAGCCCAAUUGGGUUUUGCAUUUUGAUUGAUUUUACUGAUUGAUUUUCAUCUGGGUCUUGUUUUCUUGAUCGAAUCCUUCUUGUUGAAACCCACUCGGGCUCUGUUUUCUUGAAGGAAAAGUGGGUGUGGGUGUGUUGUGUUGAUCAUGGCAUUUGAUGGACGAUGGGAUGCUGAGAAGAUGCUUGACAUGUACAUAUAUGAUUACUUGGUGAAAAGAAACAUGCGUAAGGCUGCUGAGAUAUUCGCCAAAGAGGCUGAUGUUGAUAACGAUCCUGUUGCAAUCGAUGUGCCUCAUGCUUUCUUGACUGAAUGGUGGACAAUAUUUUGGGACAUAUAUUCUGCUGGGUUACCGACACAUACUGAGGCCAUGGGGAGGUCCUCUGUUAAGCCUACUCAAAGUAUGGAGAAUGAGCAACAGAAUAUCUGUCCUACAAUGAAUCAACAGAGGCCCAGACAGUUUCCUAUAAGUGCCGAUUUUGACAAGAUGAUGGGGCAAUCAGUGGCAGAUUUGUCGGCUUCAAAAAAUAAAUUGACUGUCUCAAAGCCAUCUUCAAGCCAUUCUAGCCACUCCUGGCAGCAAAUUUCUCAAAAGGCUCAACAGCAGACUGCAAGAGAUAAAAACCAUGUUGUUACUUUGGGAAGAAAUAUCCCUGUGGACUCUGCUUUCUAUGGAGCACCAAAAGCCAAACUUCAUGACGCUGGAAUGGAAAAAGGGGCCAAUUUGAUGCUAUUGAACGGAUGGCCUUUCACUGGAGUUGACCAAAUUUCUUCUAGAAUGGCUUACCCAGUACUAAAUUCAAUUUUACCAGUGUCAAACCAACAGCAAUAUUUUCAGACAUCAAUGGCUCAUCAUCAACAAGAACUUUUUAGUCAAGCAAUGGAAAAAACACUAGGGAAGCAAAUAUAUCCCUUUCAAGGAAACACUAACAAUUUGGGCAAUAUGAUGCUUCCUAGGAAGGACUUAAUUGGGGCAGAUGAACAAAUGAUGGUCCCAGGGAGACAUACAGCAGAGCAGCAAAUGGUUGUACCUAAGAAACAAACUGCAGAACACCAAACAAUGGCACCCAUGAGACAAACCGUAGACCAAAAUAUGAUGGCCACUGUGAGACAAAUGGCAGAGCAACAACAAAAUGAUCCGUUGGCACAGCAGAAAUUACAUGAGACUAUCAGAAAGAGGAAAAAAUUAUCAAGUUCUCAAGCUGAGAGUGCUUUGGAUGGAAAGGAUGCUGAGGUGCCAAAACCCUCAAACAACAAUAUCGAGUCUUUUUUGUCCAAUGAUGACGACAAUACUGAUAUUAUGAGCACUCAACAUCCUUCAGCUUGCAGCAUAAAUGAACAGAAUGGAUUCUCUUUUAAAACUGUUGGUUCCCUCAACUUAAGCAAAGGCAAGGUCCUCUGCUGCCAUUUUUCAUCAGAUGGGAAGUUAUUAGCUAGUGCUGGUCAUGAUAAGAAGGUCCUGCUUUGGAAGAUGAGUAAUUUUGAUUCUGUUGAUACUGCAGAAGAGCAUUCUCAUCUCAUUACAGAUGUUCGGUUUAGACCGAGUUCAAGUGUUUUUGCCACAUCUUCUUUUGAUAGAACUGUGCAAAUAUGGGACGCAAAGAAACCAAGCAAAUCACUGUGCAAGUUUGUUGGGCAUGCUGAGCAAGUAACUUCAUUGGAUUUUCACCCAAGAAAGGUGGAUCUCCUCUGUUCCUGCGAUAGUAAUGAUGAGAUCCGACUGUGGAACGUUAACAAAUGUACUUGCACACACAUCUUUAAGGGAGCUUCUAGACAAGUUAGAUUCCAGCCUCGAGUCGGGAACCUUUUGGCUACUGCUUCAGGAAACAAAAUCAGCUUAUAUGAUGUUGAGACUAACAGCCUCCAAUAUUGCUUAGAGGAACAUGUCAAAGAAGUCCGCUCGAUCUGUUGGGAUACAAGUGGGAAGUACAUUGUAUCCGUCAGUGAAGACAGUGCACGGGUGUGGUCAGUUGUGUCGGGUGGAAAAUCCACACAUGUGUUGCAUUCUAACGGCAAUAAGUUUGAAUCAUGCACAUUCCAUCCUGCAUAUUCUCAGGUCUUGGUUAUUGGUUCUUACCAGACACUUGACUUCUGGAAUCCAGCUGAGAACAACAAGACUUUGACAAUUGGUGCACACCAUGGUAUAAUCACUGCUUUAGCAGAUUCUCCUCAGACCGAAAUGAUUGCUUCGGCAAGUCAUGACGGAGUUGUGACAUUAUGGCGAUAACAAACGGUUGCUCGCUCUGCCUGUACAUAUGGACGAUUUGGCAUUUUACAGGUUUUGAACACAAGACAGCAAAAUGGUAAGGCUCCGAAAGUUGCAUCAGCGGGAAUAAAAGCCAUUGCUGAGGAUACACCUUUUGUCAUAGCUUAUAGAAGAAAUAGUACACAUACAUACAUAUAUACAUGGGACUUGGUGAUCAAAUAUUGCAGUGUUAGAACUUUUUUUUUUUUGGGGGGGG